GCCAAUGAUAACUGCUCCUGAGCACAGGAUUGCAACUUGGCCCCCAAUUCAAGGAGGAACGCUAGGUGCGGGCGCACCACGGCUACACUACGGUGGCGCCCUAUAUAACCGCCCUGUAGCUUUUUCGGCCAACGGAGCCCAUCCCCAGGGCCGUGAACCCUCUCACAGACGCAUGCUCAUAAUUGUAUGGGACCAUGGGUGAUCCAGGGAGCUGGCAGUAUUAUAACCACGCGACUUCCAUUGCCAUUACCGUGCUUGGGGUCUUUUUCGUGGGGCUGCGUUUUCUGUCCCGGCAUCUGGGGCAUGUGCCCCUGGGGACCGAAGAUGUCCUCAUUCUGAUUGCCCUGGUGAACCUAUUUGUUGUUUUUGCAAUCAACAUCGAGAUGGUCGAGCACGGGCUUGGGCUGCAUCAGAGUAUCGUCUCUGACGCGGACAUCGUAAUCAUCAAUAAGCUGCUGCUCUGCAUGGAGUGUUUCUAUUGCACAUCCAUCGUUUUUGUAAAAACCUCGAUUCUCACCAUGUACCACCGCAUCUUCAUCGACCGAGCCACGCGCAUCGGUGCGUAUAUUCUUGGCUUCAUCACCAUCUCAUGGGCAAUUUCCAUCAUCUUUGCCUGUAUCUUCCAGUGCACGCCCGUUGCGCGGGCAUGGGACAAAUCCAUCCCGGGGCACUGUAUCAACCUUAAGGGAUCAUUCAUUGGCAAUGCCGUGCCGAAUAUUGUUACUGAUAUCGCUAUACUAACCCUGCCCGUGAGCCGUGUAUGGCGCAUUCAAGCAUCUCUCAGUGAACGGCUUUCCAUUAUCAGCAUCUUCUUAUUAGGUGCCUAUGUGAUUUUUGCCAGCAUCUAUCGAUUCGUCACUCUCUUCGGAGUGGACUUUGAAGAUAUGACUUAUACCCUUGCUCGGACCAACGCAUGGUGUGUAGUGGAAGUUUCAUCGGGAAUCAUCUCAGCCUGUCUCCCUACUCUCCGCCCACUGAUUCGGACGCUAUUCCCCGGUUUGCUCAAAAGCUCUCCCUCUACCUCAGAGCACAUCUUUCGUCGACAAGACGACUCGACUAUUACCAACCCAGCGUCGACUGCGUGGAAUCAUAACAAAACUAGUGACCACAUUCAACCGAGCCAAUCAGACUUGGAAACUGACGCGGACGAAUAUCCUUUGAAUCGAAUCAAGGUACAAGAAGACAUUUCCUGGGAUAUUAGAUCAUUACAUUCGCGACAUACACAUAGCCAGGGGGUAUAAUCAAUAAGUUAACUGCAGUUAGAUCAGAUAAAAAAAAUACUACUUAAGUG